UGACGAUAAAAAGACUGAAGAGUUCAAUUAAAAUUUAGUUUUUUAUUUGUGGUUCAAUUUUCAACUCAGUCCUCAGUCCCAACUGGCCUCAGAACUGCUUAUUCUGUAAAAAAACUGUUAUCUUUGAUAUUGAAAUAAAAAAAUGAUUUAAUCUUUAUUGAGACCAGCUAAGUUAAAUUCUUGUAAGCCCAAAUUAUUACAUUAUGAUAAUUAUUUCCGAAAACUCAAAAAAAUUAGCCGAUGAAGUGGAAAGCGCUUUAGACAGUGGUGAUACUAGCCUUGCAUGUUCUUUAUUAGAAGAUAGUCAAAAUUAUGCUGCUGUGAAAACUGGUGCCAAUGAGCUUGUUCCUGUUAUAUCGAAAUAUAUUUGUGCAAAGUAUGAAGCCGAAAGUACUGAUAUAUUCAACAUAUGUGUUAAAUUGCUUGAGAAAGUAGUGGAAACCUCUCUCGUUGACGAUAUUUUACAUCAACUCGUAGGUUUAAUUGAAUUAUCUGAUAGCACCAACUUCUUUAUUUUGCUCAAUUGCAUUUACAAAGUGCUUCGAAGAGCUCCAAGAGAAAAUACAAUAUACCUAGGUAGGUGUGUUAACUCGAUACAAAUACGUCUCAACAAGUGUAGUGUUCCAGAUUAUGGUGUAACCUCAGUAAGGUCUGAUAAUGAUGUUUUUCAUAUUGAAAUACUUUAUCAAGAUAUUCUCCGCUUCUAUAAUUUAAUAAUUCCCUUUUACUCAGAACAAUUUAAAUCCAAUAGUGAAAGCAGAAUAAUUUUAUUAAAAUAUCUGAUUCAGUUAUUAGCAAAACCUAUCGGAUAUAUGGAUUUAGGACUGCAUACGGAAAAAACUAGAUUAAGAAGAAUGGCCGAAGAUAUUGUAAGGAAAAUCUUGUCAAUUUGUGAAGAUCCAUUCAAAUAUCUAGGAAUGGAUGAUGAAGUUCCCCUCAAACCAACCAAAUUUGCAUAUGGAAUGUUUUUACAUUUUCUGUUGGAUGAAAAUGUUGAUUAUGAAGUUGUUCCAAGAAUAUAUAGUAGCACUUACAUAUUUCGUUCAUCUCUAAUUUUUAUUUCAAAACUUUUGGAUUCUUACAGUAAUUACGUUAUAUUGAAAGGAUUGUGUACACUAGAAAUGCUUUUAAAAAGAACUCCAAAGUUGAGUCACUUCAUACUUGAUUUAGAAGGUAAUAAAAGUAUAUGGGAAGCUCUGCUGAAAGUUAUAAUUUAUAAUCAACACCAAGAAAUGAGGCAACGAGCCCUAGAUAUUUUCAAGCUUUAUUUGUAUAAAUUUGAACCAAAAGCACAGUAUCUUCUAUUAACCAAUUGGAUAUUUGAGAUAGACCAUUCAAAUGUAGCAGGAUAUUUGAUAACGCAAUAUAAAGAGAUUCUUGUUGAAUUGCAAAAAGAACACCAUUCAGACUUAUGUUAUUUUGAAGGAGAAAAAAUGUAUACAUUCAUUAAAAGAUGUUGUGGAACUAUAGAUAUUGAUAGUAUUUUACAGUAUGAUAAAUUAAUAUCUUUGUUAAAUCUUAUGAGAUUUACAAUACUUCAGGUAGAGGACACAGAAAAAUUCAAAAACACUGCAAAUAUUUGGAAAUCAGAAUUUUUGGAUCGGUUACAAUUCUCCUUGGAAAAACUGAGUAAAGUUAUAAACCAAAAAAUAUUCAGUGUAGAAAAUGAUGAUACAGAAGCUAAUUUUGAGUUUGAUUUAAAUUUUGAGGAUGCAGAAAUGCUUAAUGCAUUAUCUUCCAAGGCAGAAAAACUCGAAUCUCUCUAUGCUUCACGUACCAAAAUUGAAAUAACAGAAAGUAUACUCAAGCGAAUAAUGGAGUUAUUGGCCGAGAAAAAUUGUUGAUUUUGGGUUAGUUGGAACUAACAAAAUUGAAAAUAUGAUUAAAUCAUUUUUUUUGUGUUUAAUAUAAUGAUGUGAUUAACUUGUUAAAAAUUUUUUUGAGAAAUGAUGAGAUGUUUAUGAUUUGUAUUUUGAUGAAUCUAUGUUUUAUAAUGUUUGAGUUAAUUUUUUUCAUUAGAUUAAAAAUAUGAUUAUUUCCUUGAAA